UCAUCUAGGUGAUCUGUGUAUGUUCUGUGGUCAGUGUCAAGAUUGCCACUGGUGAACUUCAGUGUUGUGGUUGUUUAUUUUAGUCCUAAAAUCGAGCUUUCCUUCGGUUUGGCGCUUUUCCGACUCAUUCAAAUGCCACCUGCUGCAUUUGGCUAAUUUUAGCUCAUCGUUGUGUCGUGUUUUAAAUACCUGUGCUCGAUUUUAACGCGAAAAUUCCCGCGGAGAGUGCAUCUGUUCAUCAUGGCGCCAUUUUAGCCUUUUUGGAAAGUUUGUUUACAGUAAAUCUUGGAUGUUAACCAGUUGCUUUUACUGAUCAAUCUAAGAUGGAUAUUCAGCCGAUCAGUCAAGAUUCAGGCAAUGGGUCUUCGCCGUUAGACUGCACUAAUCCAAACAUCCUGUAUAAGAGUACUCCGAAAAUCGAGGCUGAAAGCACCCCUUUUUUGGGUAGUAACAACUUGAAGAAACGCAGGUUCUCAUACUGUGGUGUAAUAAGAGGCAGGAAUCUUGAUGAGCUGCUUGAGAUUUGCCCUUCAGCGCCACAAGCCUCGAGCACGUUAAACGAGAGCCUCUCAAAGGAGUUUGAAAGUAUCCAAAUCGAACAAAGCUACAUUAAUGUCUGUGAUGAACCCUCUCCCAAACUGUUCAAGACCAAUAAUUGUGAUAUAUUAGCUUCGCCUGCAGUGGAACCGUGCAAUUUGAAAGCCUAUGAAUGCACCCCGACGAAAUCGGGCAUCUUCCAGAGAUGCUCGUCGGCCUGCAGUGCGCCCUCACCGUUAAAGGAGCAACACGACAUCCUCUACCCGACGUUGAAGCCUCUGGAUCAGAUGAGGAAACAUUUAACGCCUCAGAAGUGCAAGGAUAAAACCGGGCCCAAUUCUAUCGCAGUGAAGAAGCGCUUAUACGUACCUGAAACUACGACUAGGAUAUCGUUGAUGAAAUUAUUGCAUAAUGAUGUUGUGAUGGACCAUGUGUUCAAAUACCUAUCCAAUGGAGAUCUUUUUAGGGUCUCCAUGGUAUCCACAGGGUUUCGCAAUGCACUACUUAGCAAUUUUAUGGCUAGUAACAGGUGUGGCAUGUACAAGGAGCUACACAAGAAGAACAAGGAGAAUUACAAAAUUACCCCGCCUAGUAGCCCUGAGAGCCAGUGCUUGUUUCCCGAAGGAUCGGUCAGUCCCAGUCGGAUAAAUUUUGCUAAGUUUGUUGAAAUUGGUAGCCUGUUGAAUCCGAAUCAGUCUCUAAUCAAAUGCCCCAAAUGUGAAAAGCCUUCUGUGGUUGAAAAGUGCAUUGCUCAAUGCCAGCAAAUACACUCUUGUGGAUAUAUUUUCUGCCAGAAAUGUAACUGUUUUGCGUACAAUCCGGAGGAUUUCUAUGACAAAUGCCAAAAUUUGGCGCUUGGCAACUCAGCAGUGAAGACUCGUCCGCAGCUGGAAGACUUAACAAACUGUUCGCCCGACUUUAGUGUCGGGUCAUUAAUGAACAGUACCGCUGAUAAUAACUACUAUUCAUCAGGGUACUUUUCUGGGUAUGAUUCGUCGCACAGUCCCGUCUCAGUGAAGAGAAACUUGAGCGCGUCCUUCGGUAACGACUCUAUUAAUGGAAAACCACUGAAGGCCUUAUUUGAGAGCAACAGGUCGACCAGCAGUUCAUCCCUUAGCGUGGCUAAGCGGGAAGAUAAGCGAAAGUUGUCCAGAUAUAUCGCGCCAGUCGUCAAAUGUGAUAAUCUGAGAAAACCGAUUGAGAUUGCGGAACCUCCCUCUCCGCCAAAAGUGAAGAGUUACUCUGCCUGUACCAGGCAAAACCGCAUAAGCCUUAAACGGUUGACUAGAUAAGUCGAAUUGGUUGCAUUUUUAUCUGAAUCAGCAAAUAUGGGAUCUCAAAUUUUUAUGCUACUGCCGUAAUUUAAAUCGUAGGUAAGUAAAUGCUUUAUGUCAUCAAAUGGAUUUAUUGGAAUCUUAUUUGAGAUGCCAGCUUUGUUCGGAGCCUUAUAACCAUUCCGUAUUUUACAAUUUUGAUUAAUUUUUAUAUGUGAAUUAAAUGUAACAGAUGGUGAUGUCCUGUUGGUUUCCCAUUAGUACGUUACUAUUACUUAUUAAGCAUAUUUGCUUUUAUGGUAGGUUGUCCUAGGCCAUUGCUACGAAAUAGUGUCUCUUUAUACGGAAAUAAUAGGAUACUGGUUGGAAUCUUUGGAUUUACUACUAAAAUCUAUUUUUGGUCAAGGGAUUUUUACAAAAUACUUCUUUAUUACUGUCGCCACUACCUACAGUUAUUGUGCAUAAUCCAAACUAAUCGCCGCAGAACAAAUUCUUUUGAUAUUACAAGGAAUUCCUUAAUUUAGUAAUAACAUGCGCCCCCCAGUGAUCAAUCCAGAUGUUACCUAUGUUAGUUAAAUAGAUCUGAUUGGACGAAUGUUUGAAAGUAUGUACUACUUGUAUGAAACGUUUCUUUUUAUCUGUUUCAAGUCCAUUCCUAUGUACGUAUUCGUUGUAUUUUAUUAGAAUUAUGUAACGCAUUCCUUAAUAUAAUUAUGUUUAUUAGAAAA